AUGGAAGGAGAAACAUUUGAUAUACCGGAAUAUUAUAAAUUGGAAAAGAUUAUUGGUAGAGGAUCGUAUGGAGUUGUUGCUAGUGCUCUUGAUACGAGGACUAAUGAACGAGUUGCCAUCAAGAAGAUUUCCAAUAUUUUCCAAAAAAACAAGGACUAUCAAAAACGUAUUGUUAGAGAGUUGAAAAUUCUAAAACACUACAAUAGUGUUCAUGGACAUGAGAAUAUUGUUCAAUUGAAGGACUUGGUUGUUCCAAGAUCUGAAAAUGAACUGAAGGAUUUGUUCAUUAUAACUGAGUUGAUGGAUUGUACUGUUAGAGACGUUUUAAAGAGUAAUCAAGCAUUUACUGAAAUUAACACCAUUUACUUUUUGUAUCAUAUGUUGAAAGGGUUGGCCUUUAUCCACAGCUCUGGUAUUGCUCACAGAGAUAUCAAACCUCAGAAUAUUUUGGUCAAUGAGGUUUUCAGAAUUGCCUACUGCGACUUUGGUUUAUCGAGAGGAGUUGAUAUUGACUCUAAAAUUUCUACUAACGAUGUUGCCUCAAUGUGGUACAGGUCUCCUGAAGUUAUUCUUGGUUAUGAAUAUGGAAUGAAACCAAUGGAUAUUUGGGGUAUUGGUUGUAUUAUGGGUGAAAUGCUCGCUUCAGGUAAAGUUUUAUUCCAAGGUUCUUCUGCUCUCGAUGUAUUAGACAAACAACUUGAAUUACUUGGUACACCAGAAGAAAGUGCAGUUAAAGGUUCUUUCAAAGCUGUCAAGUAUUUCAAGUCGCUACCAGUCAAACAAAGACCAGACUGGAAAACAUAUUUCCCUAACGCCUCUCCAGAAGCUCUUGACCUGCUGUCCAAGAUGUUAGAAUUUGACCCAGAUAGAAGAAUCACAGCUGAACAAGCUCUUCAACAUCCUUACCUUUCGUGUAUUAGAGAACAAUACAUGAGUGAUGAAGAAAUAGUGUGUAAUUCUAAGUUUGACUAUAGAUUUGAUGAAUCUAUGAAAACAGAAUCUGUGCGUAAAUUCCUUUAUGAAGAACUCAAACAAUUUGUCCAAUACAGUAACACAUCUCCAAACCCAAUAGUGAAGGAUGAAACUGUGACAUCACCACUUCCAACAUCCAGAACAAUUGGAUGUACUAAUUAG